GUCGCCCAGUCAUAUUUAUUCUGCGUUUCUUCUCCUUUUUCUUUCGUUGCUGCCUUGCUAUUUUCUCUUACACGGUUUCUUCUUUAGAUUGGUUUGUGUUGGAGACGAUGGUCUGGCGACUUGAAGUGUUUUCCACAAAGCAGCGCUUCCCUCUCCUUCUCCAUGUGACUCCUGCUUCGAUCGUCUGGUGUUUCUCAUUAAUUUUGUGUUAAAAAGCACAAUUUCAGUGUUGGGGGUGUGCGAUGGAGGUGAUUAUCCCGACUUCGCUGUCGAUUGAUGCUUCGAUUGAGUAAAUCUUCCAAAUUUUACGCCUCACUGCUUCCUACUUUCUUAUGGGAUAGCAACAGCAAGUUUCAGAUAUGCGCACCAGGUGUUCGUUAUUUUGCCUCCUAUUUAUUAAGUGUUUGUUCCUCCACCGGUUUGAACACUAGCACAAGAGAGUCGUUAUUGUUAUGUAGGGGAACUCAUGAAUUGAAAGAAGUCUUCACCAAUAUAUACUUCAUUACUUCUACCCUCAUGAUUUCUCCAAAACCCUCGAACGAUUUCAGUCAGAAGCUCUAUUUCAGGUCGUGAAAUGGCAGGACCUUGAAAUAAGGCACCCAACACUUGAAGCCAUAUGAAAUUCCAUGGAUAGAGGUUAGGAGGGAAGGCUUGGAUGUGUAAAUACUAAAUAGAGGAAAUCAAGCUUAAAUGGACAUUGAUGUCUGAAUAACAACGCAGCAGGUGAUUUAAAAGCGAGUUUUUUAUGUAUACGAGGUAAGUGAGAUAUGUUAAGGAUCAAGGAGAGGUGGUCAUCAGGUAUGUAUGUUUGUUGGAGCAAAAUUCAGGGAGUUGCAAGAUUAGGUGAAGGCUGAUCUCAUUUUUUCUGGCAUCUCCCGGUGGACUGACAGUUCUCGUGCAAAGAGUGUGCAGAAAUUACAAUUUUGCCCCCUUCAAAAAAUAUGCACACUGAAGAUUUGUUGUGUUUAGCUCAUACUGAAUUGCAACAUUUUUUAAAAAAAUAUUUUUAAAAAGUAAAAAAAUGCAUGGAAUGU